AACAGUUCGAGGAAAUGUGCGUCAGCAGAUAUAGUUUGGAGAGGGGACUUUUUGUUCGCUAAAUACACUCGUAUAGCAGCCACGUGAUCUGCAAGGAGGUUGUGGGAAAGAGCUUCCAAGGGGGAAGCUCAGUGUGCAGACUGUCGCGAGUGGCAUCGCUGGAGUGUCUCCGCUGGCCAUGGCAGGACGUCGACGAUCGCCCAGGGUGCAGCAGGGAGGAAGUGCGUGGACCGGAAGCAUCCAGCAGGAACUCAUAGAAAAGCUAUGGGUGGCGAUCUUGACUUACGAUUCCUCCUCUUCCUCAUCUGCCGAGGCUGCGUCCCAGCCUGAAGCUAAGUGUGAGGAGACGGAAAGUGAUGAGAGUAGUGAGAGUGACGAAGAUGACGAGGAUGUUGAUCUCAGUGACGGCGAUGGGGGGUACGCGCUGGUCAACCGCUGCGACCUCUUUUCCGUGGCUGCACGCCAGAUGCAAGAAAAUGAGGAAAAGGCGACGUUAGCCUCGAAGAAUGAUGACGGAGAACAGAAACUCACCAAAGGACAAGCACAAGCGGAAGCCAGAAUGUCAACAUCGCUACUAGAGGACGAGAAAAUCGAUCGCCCUCUUCCCCGUCCCAUUUCGCUCAGUCUUAGAAAUGUUUCUUCCAAGCCGACUAAAAUUCCUCAGUUGUCCCCGCUAUCACCAACCAUUUCAUCAACAGCAGGUUGUAGCAGAGGGGCGACGGGGGCUGACUCAAGCGACGUUUUUAGCCCCAAAAGUUAUUCGCUAACGACAGUGACUCCUAGCAAAAAAUUCACAUCUAAAAUCCCACUUAGUCCUUCAUUAAGAAGAAAAAUGUUACAACCGCGGGAUAGACUGGCUUCAGACCCGACGCCAAAAAGCCUGACCGUUAAAGCUCAAAGCAAUGAAAUCGCAACGCGUUACCGACGGUCACUAACCCCAGAUCCGAAACCUUUCAAGCAGCGACCACGUGCCAUAAGUACGCACAAGGCCGCAGCCAUGGUGGGAUCUACAGGAGGGAGAGAAAAUGGCUGUAAGAUUUCUCGGACAGGCAGCGGCUGGAGUAAGAACAAAAACAGCAGAGCAGACGGUUAUAAAAUAGAUUCUUCGAAUACAUCGCGAAACAGUUUUAAGGGAAAAAUAGAAUCAGAUAAGAACAGUAAAAUCAAACAGACGCGCGAAGCAGGAAAUACCUCGAAUGCACAGAAGCCUGUUCAAGAAGCAAAGUCUAGGGUACCAGAUAUUCCUAAGAGGAUUGGUAAGGGCAAUUCCUCAAUAUUUGCUCAAGAAAGUAAAGUAGAAGAAAGAACCAAACGUAGUUUAGGAAGUGGCAAUACCACGGGUACUUUUCAGGUGCAUGGUACAACGAAGAUUACAAAAGGUGCAAAUAAGGAAGAACAUUUAAAAGACAGAGAUUCAUCUCGUGUGAAAAGUCCUCUAUGCCAAAGAAACACCAAAGAGAAAGAUAAAAGUGUCCAAUCUGGAGAAAAUACGAAAGUAAAAUAUGUAAACAAAACUUCGACGCAACUAAAACUCAGAGAGCAGCGUCUUUCACCUAAACCAAGUGAAAGACGACUGCCAGCGAAACUUCGCAAGGACGAAAACGACUCUCCUGUCAAAAGACGCCCGGAAACGAAUGCCGAGCAACCGAGACAAACCCCCAAUAAAAACGAAAAACAACAACGAACCUAUGCUAAGAGUACCUCUGGAUCGCAGAUCAAACAACGAACACGACAACAAUGUACUUCCAACGAACAAGAAACCAAUUCGAGGAGAACGACAGACCCACCGGAAGAGGACACCGGGUCUUCGUGCGCCGCCAGUGCUGGAAAACCCGAGGCAGAAUGCAUGAAGCCGUCCUGUUUGGAGAGCUGUCUGAAGGAGGCGAUUCUGGGAGUUCUACAAGGUCUUCCUGAAGGCUGGAUUCUGGUCCCCGACCACACGGCAGAACUGUUCUCGUCUCUAACCUCGGUCGUGGACUCCUUCCCACGCCCGCUGCACGCCCAUAUCCGAGUCGUGGAGGCCAUUAUGGAUGCCCACGCCCGCCGCCCGUGCAGUAAGGGAGAAAUUCCAGCACUUAACAACGCACAUCUCCUGUUAUACAUUGCCCUGAAGCUCUGCUGUGUGCGAGGACAGCUACAGAAACAUGAAAACGAAGAAAAUGGGCAAGUUCCGCCAGACCGUCCUGUGACAGAAAACGGAACUCAAUCUCAAAUAGUAGAUGGGAGACUUACACGUAUUGGUGAUUCAAACGUGGCGGAUGUAGAAUGGAUUAAGGAACAUAAAUCUUUGGUAGUCAAGAUCUUAACAGAAAUUUUAGAGUGUGAAGGAUCUUUCGACAGGCUUAUGAUGUGUCUCCUGCUCGGCUCGCGUGCACCAGGAAGAGGCUCCGGCUGGUACUGUGAAGGCGAGACGGAGAACGAAAAGGUGCUCGACCUCCGUUUCGUCCUGGAUCACGCAAGGUUCCUGCCAGGGUGCAGAGUGAGCGAGGUCGUGAGUGCGCCCUUGUGGUCGUGCGGGUCGACGCCAGUGGUGGUUGCCGCGCUGGCUGAGAGUCCCAGGCUGGUGCUGACGCUGCUGCAGUAUGGGGCAGGGGGAAGCACGCUCAACUACUACCUCUAUUCUAAGUGCUACACAGACGGAGUAUACCUCUCCAUAGCUUAUCUAGUCCGGAAGCUAGAGGGCCAGUUCAGGGAAAUUUAUGCAGCGCCUGAGCAACUCCAACCUGCUGCCGAGGAGGACUUUGAGGAUCAGCAUCAAGAAGCGUCCGAGAGCAGCUGUAUGCCAAAGGACGACCUGCUGGUCCUUGCUGGGAACUCUCCAACUGCAACUUGCCUAAGGUACCUCCUCCGAGCCGUCCCUCAAGUCCCGCCCAAGUUCCUUCGCGACCACGUCAGCGGGUGCCCCUGCGACGCCCCCUCUCUGCUUCCCCGCUCCUGCUGCUUAGACCCGCCCACCCUCGCCCACCUCGCCCGCGUCGCCUGCAGGAGAGACCUGAGAUCACGUGACCUCCUUCCUCACGCCGUCCAUCUCUUAGACAUUCCUCCGACCCUGAAAGACGCCAUUAAUCUGCUGAGAGGGUGAGGGCGGCGGCGGAGGAGGAGGCCGAGGGAAGGAAAUAUUGCUCAUAAUAUAUGUUGCCGGUAUAUUGCUUUUGAAAUAUUAUCGGCUGCGAGAUUGCGUUGAUGGGAUUGACCUGUUUGGAGUCAGACGCAAAGGGAAGGGUUUAAAAAGAAAGAGAAAGAGAGAAAAAAGAGAGAAGAAAGUUUCGAAAAUUAAUCGGUCGUCUACCAAGGAUAUUACGUCGGUUCCUUCCGUUCUUCAUAUUCUGACUUAGCAAAGAUAGAUCGAUGUUUAAAAACUAAAAUAGAACAUUAUAUAACAUAAUAUAAGACUGCGCAGUCAACGACUUUUUACAUAUUCUAAAGGAAAUCCGGCAUGUAUCAUGACAAGAAAAAUCAAAACAAAGAGUGUGAUAAUAUCAUAGGUGAAAACACACGCCGCUAUAUGCAAACCGUAGGCAGAUAGAUUGUAUAUAUACGUAUAAUACACACGGGUCUCAAUAAUCAAUUAUAUUUGCUCAUAUAUAAGGGACUUUUAUGUAUCUAUAUUUCUAUCUAUUUAUCUAAAUGUGCGUAUUUGCCAGUGGAUAUACGCAAGUACGAAUAUUAUAAAACGCUAUUAUUUCUGUCACUGACAACGAAAUUCAUGGAUCUUAGUCCCAUCUCAUUCUUUGAGUUGGGCGUAUUAAGUCGCAUGUUUACUUUUAUAACCAAUUGGAUGAACUCGAAGAA